AUGGGGACCGCAUUCAGCAGGUUGCUCACCGCAUUCAAAACCUUAACUCGUUCACAACCCUCUAAUAUGACAGCUUCUGUGCCCCUCUCCGCUCUUCCACCCCCUGUGCCCCUCUCCGCUCUGCCACCCCCUCCGCCCCCUCCGCUCUACCACCCCCUGCGCCCCUCUCCGCUCUGCCACCUCCUACGCCCCUCUCCGCUCUGCCACCCCUUGCGCCCCUCUCCGCUCUGCCACCCCCUGUGCCCCUCUUCGCUCUGCCACCCUCCGUGCCCCUCUCCCUACUCCCAUGGCACCAUCGGAAAACGCACCUCCGUGCCAGCAUGGCACGUGCAGAUCAUCCACAGCAUUCUCGGUAAGGCACUGUGGGCGGCAGGCAUCGUGCCGUCGCCCGUGUCUGCCACACUCCCGCAAAUCACGUCGCGCCUCUUCCUUGUGUGGGGCGUGCUCUACCUCGCGCUGCAGGUGCUCAGUCACUUGGCUCAGGUGCUUCGUCGUGCUCCUCGAGCCGAGGCGGCUUGUCACAGUCUGUCCUCGCCCCAUCCGCCUGUCCUCGCCUCAUCCCCAUCUGCUCCCGUCCUCUCCUCCCUCCCCCCCUUCAACCCCACGCCUGUGCGUGCCAUGCGCGCCUGUCAGAUUGUGCGCUACUCCUUCUUUGCUGUGAAGGAGGCCUUUGGCUUCACGCCCGCGCCUCUACUCUGGCUCAGGUACCACACACUCCCUUGCCCUCGCACUCCCUGCCCCUUGCACUCCCUUCCCCUUGCACUCCUUGCCGCUCACAACCCAUGUCCUAUUCGCGUUCCCCGGCCACCCCUGGACCAUCUCUGCGUUUUCGCCUCCUCACACUUCCAGCUCCUCGCCACUCCCCACGCCAUUCCUCCCUUCUCCUCCUGGCCUACUUGCUUCUCUCCCUCGCCUCCCUUGUGCGCCACCCUUCACCCACCAACCCACACUCCACCAAUGCUGCUGUGCACCCCCCCUCUCUCCGCCAUCUCCUUUCUUCCCUCCACCAUAUCUCUCAUCCCCCAUCGCCCUGCCCGCACCAGGCACAACAUGUACAGCAUGUUCUACGUGUUCUACCCGUCGGGCAUCACCAGUGAAGUGGGACUCGCCUUCCUCCCCCUGCCCUACCUCAAGGUUCGUCUCGCUCUCUAG